UGUGCCAAAAGUUGCUGUUCCCACACGCUCUCGACUUGUUUCUGGCCUGCUCUCCUUUCACCACGACCCCUGGGCACCUCCACAUGUUCUGGACUGGUUGAGACACUGCCAGCAAUGACCCCGCAAAAAAAAUCUCACCGCCCGCAUCUUUUUUUCUUGCGCUAUGCGCCAAUCUUCUUUCUUGGCGCUCUGGAGGGAGGAGGAGGGCAAGUCACUCACUCUAGGGAGUCAUAGCUACUCCCCGCACCACUCAUCUCGCUGCCCGGACCUCUGGGUCCAACCCUAUGGACUAAUCUUCCUCCUUAGCGCUCUGGAGGGAGGAGGAAGACUUGGGAGUCAUAGCUACUCCCCGCACCACUCAUCUCGCUGCCCGGACCUCUGGGUCCAACCCUAUGGACCAAUCUUCCUCCUUAGCGCUCUGGAGGGAGGAGGAAGACUUGGGAGUCUUAGCUGCUCCCCGCACCACUCAUCUCGCUGCCCGGACAUCUGGGUCCCACCCUAUGGACCAAUCUUCCUCCUUAGCGCUCUAGAGGGAGGGGGGGGGGCAAGCUACUCCCCGCACCACUCAUCUUGCCGCCCGGACCUCUGGGUCCAACGCCAUGCUUCAAUAUUCCUCCUGGGCGCUAGGUUAGGUUGGUUAGGCUUAGCUACUCCCCGCACCAGUUAUUUCGCUUCCCAGACCUCUGGGUCAAACGCUAUGCCUCAAUCUUCCUCCUCGGCGCUCUAUAGGGAGGGUUAGGCU